UAAGAAGAAGAAGAAUCGAAAAGAAGUAUUCGUCACUAGUUCGGUACAAGAAUACAUGCAUACAAAAGCAUUAGAAGAGUUUUCUUACAUUUUUUCGUUGACGAAAGUGUCAUCUAAAUAAAGAUGACAGGUUUUACAGAAAGUGCUCUUGUCAAGAGACUGAUGGAUUUAAAUCCUUCCCAACAAAGCAUCCAAACACUUUCACUUUGGUUAAUACAUCACAGAAAACAUCACCCGACCAUCGUAAAAGUCUGGUUCAGGGAGAUGUGCAAAGUGAAGGACAAUCGUAAGUUAAUGUUUAUGUAUUUGGCAAAUGAUGUUAUCCAGAAUAGUAAAAAGAAAGGUCCAGAAUUUGGCAAAGAAUUUGAAACAGUAUUACCAAAAGCGUUUGAACAUAUGAAAGGAUUUGAUGAGAAAACAAGGGAAAGAUUAAAUAGGCUAUUACAAAUUUGGGAAGAGAGAGGUGUUUAUGAUAAAAUUCAAAUAGCGGAAUUCAAAGCUGCUUUCUUGGACACUGUUAAAGACCCGGGCACUCCGCCGCCAAAAAAGAAACCAAAAAUUGAUAUAGAAAAGGUAAAAAAAAUUAAUAAUAAUAUAAUCUAUUAUAUUAGAAAUUAUUUAAAAUUAUAUAUUAAAUGGAUAAUUUGUUAUAUUUUGCAGAAGGAAAAAAAGGAGAGGAAGAAAUCAGAGACUGAAGUCGAAGUAGAUGGUACCAAAGAACUUCACGUGACGUUAAGUCCACGUACUCCGGCUGGUGAUCCACCAGAAACAGAGGAACUAAUCAAAGCUUUAAUGGAUUUAGAAAAUACGGCAUCGUCGGAUGCUGGUGUUAGAGAACGUAUCGCAUCCUUACCACCAGAAGUUUCAGAAGUAUCGCUUUUGGCAAAUCUUGCAGAUAGAUCAGCAGCUGAUCAAUUGAGCAUAGCAGUUAAUGAAGCUGCAGCAUUGUUAGCCGAUUAUAAUGGAAGAUUGCAAGCAGAAAUGGAAGAUAGAAGAAGAUUAUUAACUAUGCUUAGAGAUUACACAUUAGCACAAAGACAAUUACUUCAGCAGGCACAAACAACAUUGGAGGAUUACAAAGAAAAAUUAAAGAAAGUCUGUGCCGUUAGAUCCGAAGUGAAAUCCCAUAUUUCUAAUUUGCCGGAUUUGACGCAAUUACCAGAUGUAACAGGAGGCCUUGCUCCACUUCCUUCAGCUGGUGAUUUAUUUUCUAUGCAUUAAUUAAUCUAAUGUUUAAUUAGUCUAAUGAUGAAGCAUGACCAUGCAAGAAUUUUCAAUUUUGAAUUUUAUGCAGUACAAAUGUAUAAUCAUUUUAUGCUGGCUUCAUCAAUUGUGAUAAAAAGGAAUCACAUGUGAACAUUUUAUUUUCCAAAAAUAUAACACACAAUAAAAAGCUAAUUAACGAUAAUUCAUCGAUUUCAAAGAGAAAAGAAAAAAGAGAUAAAAAAAAGUAAAAAAAAAAAACAAAAAACAAAAAAAAAGAAAAAAAGAAAAAAAAGAAGGAAAAAGGAAA